AUGGAUCCUGAUAUUUUCAAUCCAUGGUGCAACAUCCUUAAGCGAGUACCAAGUAGUGCACUUUGGCUUCUUAGAUUUCCUGCUGCUGGCGAGUCGAGACUCUGCAAUUAUGCUGUUCAAAGAGGUGUACAACCAGAUCAGAUUAUUUUCACAGAUGUUGCCAUGAAGGGUGAACAUAUCGAGCGCAGUGCUUUAGCAGAUUUAUUCUUGGACACGUGCAUAUGUAGCAAACUCAAAUUUUUGGGUCAAAGCUUAGUUGGCUAGUGAUGAAGGCAUCAGUGGGCAUAUUCCUGUGAGAAGGCCAAAGUAGAGUUGAAUUACAACCCUAGAAGCUUGAAAGAAGGGCUGGAAGAGGUUCUGUCGUGGCGUAUGAACUUAGGCAGGUUUUUAUUGACCCCUCUCCUUUCUAACAGCCAGGUUUUUGUAUAAUAAUGCUUUAUGUAUAAUAUCAUAUUCUAC